UAUUUCAUGUACAGCUACAUCUCGCGAGAGUAUGUGGGAGGGAAGUAGUUAAAACAGACAAACAACACCAGUCGCUGAAGGAUUUCACUCUCACUCUGAACUGAAAUCCUAUCGGCAACGGCGAUGACGACGACAGCAAUGGAAUCUUCUCUUUGAAGAAGAAGUCUUAACCGUUUUUCCUUCCUUUCAUCAUUUCGCCUCGUGUCGGGAUUGCCUCAUCGUUUCUCUUGUUAUCCUUUAGGGAAAAGCUGCCAUUUUCCAUUUCUCCCCCUUCUCUCGUCAAGCGAAUUUGAGACUAUUUUGCGUUGUUCCUGAUCGGUUGUAAAGUGUCUUGGUUGUUACUAAUUAUUUAAACCUGAUGUGUUGAGGGACAUUUAAUUGGAGUUGCUCUCAAGUUAUGGGGAGCAGUGAGAUGGAUUCAUCGUCAAAGGCGCCAAAGACGCCUACAACGCAGGAGCAGCCUUCUGCCACUACCACUGCCGCGGUUUAUCCCGAGUGGGCUGGAUUUCAGGCAUAUUCGCCUCUUCCUCCACAUGGCUUCUUUCAUUCUUCGGUUGCAUCUAGUCCCCAGGCUCACCCGUACAUGUGGGGAGCUCAGCACCUUAUGCCUCCAUAUGGGACCCCACCACCUCCAUAUGUUGCAAUGUAUCCCCAUGGCGGGUUAUAUGCUCAUCCAUCCAUUCCUCCGGGUUCUCAUCCAUUUGCUCCUUAUGCAAUGCCUUCUCCAAAUGGCAAUGCUGAUGCUUCUGGAACUGCCCCUGGUGGGGCAGAGGCUGAUGGUAAGUCUUCAGAUGGUAAGGAAAGAAGUUCACUCAAAAGAUCAAAGGAAAGUUUAGGGAGUUUGAAUGUGAUUACAGGAAAGAACAAUGAUCUAAGUAAAACAGCAGGAGCAUCUGCAAAUGGGGUCUUUUCCCAAAGUGCUGAGAGUGCAAGUGAUGGUUCAAGUGAAGGAAGUGAUGCCAACUCUCAGAAUGAUUCACAACAGAAAGCCAGUGAGCAAGAUUCUAUGGAAGGGGUCACAGGUGAGGCAUCUCAGAAUGGCAAUGCAGCACGUGGUCCUCUCAAUGGAGUACCUCGUACUCCACCAAGUGCAAUGUUAAAUCCAGCAGUGGCCAUAAUGCCAAUACCAGCAGGAGCACCUGGAAUGGUUGCUGGUCCGGCUACAAACUUAAAUAUUGGAAUGGACUACUGGGGUGCCCCAACAUCUUCUAUCCCUGUACUACGUGGAAAGGUCCCUUCUGCACCAGUUGCAGGAGGAAUGGUGCCAACUGUUGUUGGAUCCCGUGAGGGUGUGCAAUCAGAGCUUUGGAUGCAGGACGAAAGGGAACUGAAAAGGCAGCGAAGAAAGCAGUCAAAUAGGGAAUCAGCCCGUCGAUCCAGGUUGCGUAAGCAGGCGGAAUGUGAAGAGCUAGCCCAAAGAGUUGAAAUUCUAAGUGAGGAGAACUCCACACUUAGAUCAGAAGUCACUCGUAUCAGGAGCGAGUAUGAGCAGCUUCUCUCUCAGAAUGCUUCUCUGAAGGAGAGGCUUGGUGAAACUCCCAAAGGACAAGAAGAUUCAAGAACUGGCAAGAAUGACCAACAUUCAGGCAAUGAUAAUCAACAAGCAGUCGAAACAGAGCUUGUACAGAGUGGUCACUAAGACCAAAAGCCCUGCUUCAAAUCUGUUUGCAGGAGCAUAAACCUAACCCAUUAGCAGCAACAAAGUCCUUGUCUAUGUAGUAUGUCUUUUAAAUUCAUCAAGCUGACUUUCCAGUCAUGGAUAGCUGUUUCUACCAUAACGUUACCAUUCCAUAUUUUUUCUUUUGAUAAUUUUUUAAUAGUCAAAGCCCUAGAAAGACAUCUAGAGAGCAGUAACCUGUCUUAGACUUCUAUGUCACAGGGAGGGUGGUAGGAACAUUAUCUUAUCUGCUUUUACUUUUUUUGCCUUUGGUAUUACUUAUGGUUGAUGCAAUAUAUAGUUGAGGGGAGAGAAUAAUGAACUACUGAGUAUGUUGUACUGUUUACAAAGUUUCUUUUAACAUAUCUGAUGUUUUAUUUUUUUUACUUGUACUAUCUAUACAUUUGUUCAAUGGAAUAACUUGAUGAAUUUAUGAAAGAUCUCUUUAGGUGUUUCAGCGGAUUUGUGUCUUGUAGUCAAAAAUAUCUUUUAGAUAUUAUAAAUUUGCAUUACAACUUUGAUGCCUCAGUUGAUGUAAUGGGUAAGUGAUCGAGCCUCAAACUUGAGCUGUUUGGAUACUUAGAAACACCUAUUUAACUGGACGUUAUAUGCUUAUCUUGUAACACUUUAGGUCUCAUCAUAUGAAGUUACAUUAGAGACAUUGGGGAUUUUAAAUUAUAAACUACAUCUGUUGCAUGAGUGGUUUGGAUAAAAUGGUUAUUUAAAAUGCAUGGUGGACUCGCAUCAUAAAAAGGUAGUCUAGAUGAGAAAAGACCUCUCAAUUUUACACUUUUUAUGCAUUUCUUCAGAACAAAAUUAAAUUGCAACAACCAGGGUAUAUUUCACAGAGAACUCUAACAUCGGCGAACUUUGCAAGGUGAUAUUUGACUUACAAAUUUAUUAUCAGGGAUAAAUGUCAUGCAGGUUGUUGAGAGGACUGAUUGUAUGAAAGGUAGGUGAGAAUUGAGUAGAGCUUGAUGCCUUGAUCUAUGUGAACUGAUUACAAAAUCAAGGGAUGGACGGCAGCCAUGGGUCUUGUAAACUAGAGAUCUACUGGGAGUGUGGACAGCAAUGUCCAUGGAGUUGUAGGUGCUGAUGCAGACUGAGGAUUUGCAGAAUAGCUGGUUGGUGGCGAAAAUCUUGUUUUAUGGUCUGAUUCUAUUGCCAUCUGCACCCCAUUUAUGCCAUGGCAUCUAAUUGGAGGCCCUGCUGUGCAGAUAUUUGGGCUAAUGAGUUGUAUGUUGUUGAGAUAGAAGCUUCUUCUGCCAUAGUUGGAGAUCCUGAGCAUGAAAUCUCGCCUGUUGAUUGGAACUAUGGAGCCAGUUUGGAAAUGAUUUAGGUCAUCAAAGAGCAAUGGAGAAGCGAUCAAGUGUCUCAAUAGGAAGUUGAAAACCUCAUCCUUAGGUAUCGUGAUCUUUGACAGGGAGUCUUGGGGCAUCAGGAAGUGAUAUUUCCUGGUAUUUUAUUUCGGGGGAUCAUAUUAAUCAGCACGACGGAAGUGUAGUGGUUUGCAGUGACAUCCCUUUGAUUGCAACUAGGUCUUCAUUUCUGGAGAGUCCAUCUGCAGCCGUGACAGAUAAGAUUAUAUUCAUUAGGAGGACCAGUACGGCAAAGUUAGCUUGGCAAUGCAUCAUUUCUUCAACAACUAUGUGACAUGCCUAAUGCAUAAUUGAGAGGCUUUUGCGGUAGGAUUUAUCAGUGUAUGUGAUAACACUCCCUAUUAGAAACCGUUUCUCUUGUUUUUUUCUUACAGAACUUGGUGGGAAUAUGGGAUCGUUAUCUGUUCCUUAAA